AUGGACGCCGACCACGGCGGCGGGGUGGACGAGGCGGAGGCGGCCUUCUUCGCGCGCCGGGGCAGCCGGUGCUGCUGCUUCCCCUGCUGGCCCUCCUCCACAUCCUCCUCGUCCUCCGCCCUCUCCCACCAGCGCGUCGGCGGGGCGGCGGCGACGCUGGGCGGGGAGGAGGAGCACUGGUGGCAGGGCGCGGUGGACGCGCUGCUCAAGGUGCGGGAGUGGUCGGAGCUGGCGGCGGGGCCGCGCUGGAAGACCUUCAUCCGCCGCUUCGGGCGCGGCCCCGGCGGGCCCCGCCCGCACCACAACUUCGGCGGCCGCAAGCUCAACUACGACGCGCUCAGCUACGCGCUCAACUUCGACGAGGGCCACGGCGCCACCCCCGAGGCCGGCGACCACGCCGGCGGCUACCGCGACUUCUCCUCCCGCUUCGCCGCCCCGCCCGCCUCCGCCAAGUCCUCCAUGGACCUCGGCGGCCGCGACGCGCCGCCGCUCUUCCACCCGCCGCCCGCCGACGGGGCCCCACGGGCCUGA